AUGUUGUGGUCUGUGCAACUCUUUCUGCUUCUGGGAUGCACAACUGCCAUUGACACUGCCAUCAGACUGGUGAAUGGUGACUCCUGUUCUGGACGAGUGGAGGUUCUCUAUAAUGGAACAUGGGGAACAGUGUGUGAUGAUUACUGGGAUCUGUCAGAUGCUGCAGUGGUGUGUAGAGAGAUGGGCUGUGGGAAUGUGAUAGAUGCAAAGAGUGCUGCUUAUUUUGGACAAGGAUCGGGACAGAUAUGGAUGGAUGAUGUAAAUUGCACUGACACUGAGUCCUCACUAAAGAACUGUAGGACAUGUGGAUGGGGAAUACAUAACUGUGGACAUUAUGAAGAUGCUGGAGUCAUCUGCAACUCUGUCAGGUUGGUGAAUGGCAGUCACUCCUGUUCUGGACGAGUGGAGGUUCUCUAUAAUGGAACAUGGGGAACAGUGUGUGAUGAUGGCUGGGAUCUGUCAGAUGCUGCAGUGGUGUGUAGAGAGAUGGACUGUGGGAAUGUGAUAGAGGCAAAGAGUGAUGCUUAUUUUGGACAAGGAUCAGGACAGAUAUGGAUGGAUGAUGUAAAUUGUGCUGGCACCGAGUCCUCACUAAAGAACUGUAGGACACAUGGAUGGGGAAUACAUAACUGUGGACAUCAUGAAGAUGCUGGAGUCAUCUGCAACUUAUCCAUCAGGUUGGUGAAUGGCAGUGACUCCUGUUCUGGACGAGUGGAGGUUCUCUAUAAUGGAUCAUGGGGAACAGUGUGUGAUGAUGGCUGGGAUCUGACAGAUGCUGCAGUGGUGUGUAGAGAGAUGGGCUGUGGGAAUGUGAUAGAGGCAAAGAGUGAUGCUUAUUUUGGACAAGGAUCAGGACAGAUAUGGAUGGAUGAUGUAAAUUGUGCUGGCACCGAGUCCUCACUAAAGAACUGUAGGACUCCUGGAUGGGGAAGACAUAACUGUGGACAUCAUAAAGAUGCUGGAGUCAUCUGCAACACUGUCAGGUUGGUGAAUGGCAGUCACUCUUGUUCUGGACGAGUGGAGGUUCUCUAUAAUGGAACAUGGGGAACAGUGUGUGAUGAUUACUGGGAUCUGUCAGAUGCUGCAGUGGUGUGUAGAGAGAUGGGCUGUGGGAAUGUGAUAAAGGCAAAAAGAGGUGCUUAUUUCGGCCAGGGAUCGGGACAAAUGUGGAUGGAUGAUGUUCAAUGUGCUGGGAAUGAGUCUACACUGAAAAAUUGUUCAUCAAAUAGAUGGGGAGUACACAACUGUAGCCAUCAACAAGAUGCUGGAGUCAUCUGCCAAUGUGAGUCCAAAUAUUCAAAGAAUUUAAAUGUCAAGUAUUUAAGAUUUUUUUGGUAACACUUUACAAUAACGUUUCAUUUGUUAACAUUAAAUAAU